AAUGGCAUUACCGUCGACAAGACAGCAGCAAACAGGGUGGUAAACUGGUCCUAUCAAGCCUUGGAAAGGGUCUUAUAAGCUGAUAAAGAUGGGGGCUGGCUCGUGGAUAGGUUUCGCGAUAUGUGGACCUCGUGAUUGAGUGGCGGAAGCUAUAGCAGGGACGGCUUUAGUUUAUUAGUAGCAGGAACAGAGGUUUAGAACUCGGGCUAGGGAUUUCUUUGGAGGCAGGAGAAAGAGGAUGAGGAAGCUAGUAGCGGAGAAGUUGGGUCGACUGGUGAGCAAUGCGGGAGGACAGAUUCGUCGUGGGUUUGCAAGCGCAGCGCCUCUUGCCAGUGAGUCUCCUCCGCUAAAGAAGACGGUGCUGUAUGAUUUUCACGUGGAGAACGGGGCAAAGAUGGUGCCUUUUGCUGGAUGGAGCAUGCCGCUGCUGUACAAGGACACCAUCCUCAACUCGACGCUCAAUUGUCGCCAGAAUGGUAGCCUUUUCGACGUGUCUCAUAUGUGUGGCCUCACCCUCAAAGGCAAGGACGCGAUUCCUUUCCUCGAGACGCUGGUCGUGGGUGAUAUCGCGGGUCUGUCAGACGGCUCGUGUACUCUCUCGGCGUUCACCAACGAGAAGGGAGGAACCAUCGACGACACUGUGAUAACCAAAGUGAAAGAUGGUCACGUCUACCUGGUGGUAAAUGCGGGUUGCCGAGACAAGGAUCUGGCUCACAUUGGCAAGCACCUGGAAGCGUACAAGUCCAAAGGCAAGGACGUGAGCUCUCACGUUCACGAUGAGCGCUCUCUGCUCGCUUUGCAAGGCCCGCUGGCUGCGUCUACACUACAGCAUCUGGUGAAGGAGGAUUUGAGCAAAGUCUACUUUGGAAACUUCAGGAUCCUCUCUGUCAAUGGUGCCGAAUGCUUCAUCACUAGAACCGGGUACACUGGAGAGGAUGGGUUUGAGAUCUCUGUUCCGUCGGAGCAUGGUGUGGAGCUGGCGAAGGCACUUCUGGAGAAGUCGGAGGGGAAGAUCCUUCUCACUGGUUUAGGAGCAAGGGACAGCUUGAGACUGGAAGCCGGCUUGUGCCUUUAUGGACAUGAUAUGGACGACAACACGUCGGUUGUGGAAGCUGGAGUCGCCUGGACGAUUGGAAAGAGAAGACGUGCCGAAGGUGGCUUUCUAGGGGCCGACGUGAUACUCAAGCAGCUCAAGGAAGGCGUUUCCAGGAAGAGAGUGGGAAUGAUAUCCGAAGGAGCUCCAGCUCGCGCUCACUGCCCGAUCUACAACGCAAGUGACGAGGUGAUUGGCGAGGUGACGAGCGGUGGCUUUAGUCCCUGCCUCAAGAAGAACAUUGCAAUGGGGUAUGUGUCGACUGGGAAUCACAAGGAGGGCACGCCUAUCUCGGUGGCUGUUCGAGACAAGAAGAACGCGGGAGUUAUCACCAAGAUGCCUUUCGUCCCCGCAAAGUACCACAAGAAGCCAUGAUCGAGAAACUGCCAAGCAAAACCUCGACACGCCCCUAUUCUUCUGCUACACGAGGGCAAUGUAUGGAGGUCCUAAAGAACAUGGACGUCCCUUGAGGUUCUAAAUCUUAAUUGGAAUUAUGACUUCUGGAUCAACAAUCUCUCUUUCGUUGUCAACGGUUGCAACGUGUUCCAGUGUAUUGUCUUGUUUGUUCCAGGUACCUUGCCUGAGAAUCUUGGCAUUUCCGGUGGCUGCGAUAUUCGAAGAGACAAUGUGCAUGCAAAAUAUUAUAGCAGCGAAGUUGUACAGCAGAUUGCCGAGAUGAAAGAAAUCCCAGCUAGUUUCUUGCAAGAGAUUGAAAAGGCCGUCCAGAAUGAAUCUGACGAGAGCAUUUCCGUUAUUGGUAAUCAACCACGGCGUCUUCAGGCAUUCUGCCAUUUUAGACCACCGGUGCUCUCAUGGGAUACAGACGCUACGGCACGUCCUCUCAUUCGGUCCUGGACUGGGUGGACAUUCUCGAUAUGACCGUUCAAGAAAAGUUGAGACAUCCCAACUUUGUGUU